AUGGCCAUUUCCGGAUUCCCAUGCUCAUCUUGCUUGCCACCAGAUCCGACCCGAAAACGAGGUUUCAGACCCGAGGCCUGGGGCCAGCCGCCCUACAGCGUGAAGCCCACCGUGCUGCGGGUGGAGGACUGGGCGCAGCUGGACGGCGGCGGCACGGUGUGGCACUGCACCAAGGUGCCCUUCCAGUGCUAUGCGCCGGUGAACCUGCAAAGUCAGAGGCUGACUUGUGAGAAGCCGCUCAAGUACGACAGCAGCAUCAACACGACGCUGCUGAUGCAGAACCUGAAUGCACUCUGGUUCGUAGGCUUUGCUGAGGCGUAUCAGGCUUCAGUCUGCCUGCUUCACUGGCGAGUACUACACUCGCUGCCACAGUACUGCGACUGCGCUGACAGGCAGAGAUGGCAAGAGUUUCACGGGCACACGGAAAAUCAGAACAGCACCUACUAUGGGGAGGAAAAACUGGCACAGCUUCGCGACACGGUGCUGCAGGACAUAGAUGCACUUACUGCCACGGAUCGAUUGCUGUACAAAGCAGCCUGGGACCGCUUUGUGCGCGAGAGCGCCGAUGAAGGUCUGCGCCACGCCACGGACGCCCAGAACCUCUACAGUGAUUUGCAGCUUUGGCACUGCCAUGCCUCGGUGGAGCUCAGCCUGGCGCGGCUCUGCCUGGAAUCCGAGCAGCCCAGGAAGGCGCGAUGGAGCCAGCGAAUCAAUGGAGUGAAGUGA